UGAACAUGUCAUAGAUAUCGUUUAAUACGACAAGAUUAGAGCUUCCUCUUCAAAUUGUUUAAAAUGACUUUUAAAUUGAUAAUUUAAAAGUGUAUGUUUAUAAUUUCUUUGGUAAUUGAUGCAUCUUUUUAUUUACAAAAGUUGCAAUGACAGCUAAUGCAAGUUCAGAGUAUGGGGACUUAUGGAAAGCAGCCAAUGCAGUAGAUGGAAAAACAGAAUGUGGAACAACGGAUGUUGCUAUAACCAAUUUUCAGAUAAAUCCCUGGCUGAAAGUCAAUCUAUACAACACUAGCACUGUGGAUAGAGUUUUGAUUUACAAUAGGCAAGACUGCUGUGGAGGACGAUUACAUGAUGUAAGCGUAAGUGUCAUUGACAAUGGACGUAACGUUUCGUGUGGUUUCUACCCCGGGCCAGCAGCCAGUGAAAACCGUAUCCUGUUUCUGUGUGAGAAGGAGACCAACGGGAAUGGAGUUACCAUUUCUAUUUUAUCAAGAAAUGGACAAAAUGAUUCUCUUAGUGUUUGCAAGGUUGAGAUAUAUGGUUAAUCUUCAGAAAAAAUGAAUU